AUGGGAGCCCUCAUCCCUGCUUUCAGUCUGUCUCGACCUGUGCGGCUGUUGGUCUUCGCUGUUGUCUUCGUGUGUCUCUUUAUUUGGUGGCCUUAUCCAGGGUCUUACGGUCUUUUCUAUUCCGAGUCGGAUUUGAAAGGCCAGCACACCAUUCUGAAAUAUGUUGACCCCCUGAUUGGGACUGUCAACGGAGGGAUGGCCAAGGCUUGUGCAGACACCAAUUCACGAGCCGAAAACGCUGCGGGCUGGUCCCCAUCUCUGGGCAACUUUCCGCUCUUUGUUCAUCCUGGCUGCAUCAACGAUGACUACUUGGAAUGCAAAUAUACGACGGAGCAAAGAAGCCUCCUCCGUGUCAACGAUUCCGUCGUGGCUCGUCCUGGCUACUUCUCCGUUGACCUCACAAAUACCGUUCGUGCUGAGAUGACGGCCAGUGAGCAUACGGCUUUGUAUCGCUUCAACUUCUCACCCGACGAAACAGUAUCGUAUGCGGACGCAGUCAAUCAUGACACCAUUGAUGCAGUGAGCAGCCCUCUGAUCCUUAUUGAUCUCACAGACAUUGCCCAGAGCAGAACCAGCGGAGGGAUCCAGGUUUAUGAAUCGGGCCGUGUUAUUGGAGAUGGCACGUUUAGACCCUCUUUUGGCCAAGGCAACUAUAAGGCGUUUUUCUGCGCUGACUUCCGAGGGGCCACCAUUCGCAAGUCUGGUGUUUUCGAGGGCGAGAAUCCCCGCGAGGACCAGAAACAUCUGUCAGAGUUCGUCCGAGGGAUUCAUAACCCUACCGGUGCCGCCGGCGCGUGGUUGCACUUCGAGAGACCCAAGAACAAUCAGAUUCUCGCCCGAGUUGGCCUCUCCUUUGUUUCCGUCGACAAGGCUUGUCAGAAUGCCGAGAACGAGAUCCCCAAAUUCGAUUUCAAAGGUACUGUGCGUGCCGCGCAGUCAGCUUGGAGCGAGAAGCUCUCCGUGGUGGAACUUGAUACUACAGGCGUGAGCGAAGAAAUGAAGACCACUUUCUGGUCCGGUCUUUACAGGAGUUUGCUCUCGCCGCAGAAUUAUACGGGCGAAAACCCUCUGUGGGAGUCAUCCGAGCCGUACUUUGACUCGUUCUACUGUAUCUGGGAUUCCUUCCGGGCCCAACACCCACUACUUACCAUUGUAGAUCCGGAGGCACAAACGCAAAUGGUUCGUGCUUUGUUGGAUAUCUACAGGUUCGUUGGCAAGCUUCCAGAUUGCCGAAUGUCCUUUUGCAAGGGUUUCAGUCAGGGAGGCUCCAAUGCCGAUAUCGUGAUUGCGGACGCCUACCUAAAGAACAUCACCAACGGCGUGGACUGGAAGACGGCAUACGAGGCUGUUGUCUCUGAUGCUGAAGUUGCGCCGCAGCACUUUGGCGUUGAAGGCCGCGGCAACCUUGAAAGCUGGUUUGGGCUAGGGUACAUUGCUCAAGACCACAUGGACAAAGUCUCGACGGGCCCGCACAGCCGUUCCGUCUCUCGCACUGUCGAGUAUGCCUACGACGACUUCUGCAUCGCCGAGAUGGCGCAAGGACUCGGUCACAACGAGGACUUUGUGAAGUACAUGCAGCGCAGCGCCAACUGGCAAAACCUCUGGAACCCAGAUCAGCAAGACGUUAUCCAAGACAAGAACAGCAAGGAGGUUGAGAGAACAGGCUUUACGGGGUUCUUGAUGCCGAAGUUGAUGAACGGUUCUUUCACGUACCAGAACACACGCAUAUGCUCGCCCAACACGGAGCAGCAUUUAUGCUACUUCGACACGGCGCAAGCAACGUACGAGGGCUCCUCUUGGUUAUACUCCUUCUUUGCACCACAGGAUAUGGCGACGCUGAUCAAGCUCAUGGGCGGCCGGGAAGCGUUCGUCGGCAGGCUUGAGUACUACCACAGUGGCAACAUCGUCUACAUGGGCAACGAACAAGCCUUCCUCACGGUAUUCCAGUUCCACUACGCGGGUAGACCCGGCCUCAGCUCCCGCACUACGCGGAGCUACAUCCCGUCGCAGUUCAACGCUACGAUCAACGGCAUCCCCGGCAACGACGACUGCGCCAUGGGUGCUUUCAGCGCGCUUGCAAUGAUGGGAUUCUUCCCCGUCGCGGGGCAAGACGUGUACCUCCUCAUCCCACCCUUCUUUCCCGAGGUACGGCUUAAGUCGAGAGGGGCUAAGCCCGCUGUUAUCCGAAAGGUCGCAAGGGAUGACAAGGAGCUAGCGGACGGCAUUUACAUCCAGAGUGCCACCCUGGACGGAAAGCCUUACACGAAGAACUGGAUCUCGCACGAGUUCUUCUACCAUGGCGGAGUGUUGGAGCUCACAGUGGGCUCAAAGGAGGGCGAUUGGGGCACCAAGGAGGAAGAUGUGCCGCCCAGCCACCCUGCCACGCCCAAGACAGCAGCGCCUACCCGGACCCUUCAGAGUUAG